AUGGCUGUAAAGGGAGUCGACCCAAACGACACGCACACUUCGCCCCUGUCUUCGGAUGCAGAGACGGAGCCAUUGCCGUUUGAUGAGACAGGAUCAGAUCAAGAAGACGAUAAUAUGAGCAAUUCAGCGCAACAUUUGGGUAUGCACACGCAAGCAUCGACAGUGCCUCCCGCGCACGACAUAACCCCAUCAGCCCACGACGAAGAUUUCAGUGGAGAUAGCGAGCUUACCGAGGAACCCGACAGUGAAGACGAAGACAUGCAUGGAGACCAUCCACAUACCUCAGCGCAGCCGCCCUUUUCAGACUAUGACGGCUCCCCCCUGUCCGAGAUCGCCCCCGAACCAAAAGCGUACGACAGCGACCAUGCGCAAGCGGCGGAAAGUUUAUCGAACCUUGUAAACGCAGACAAGACGUCAUCGCCAACAGCAAAGCCCAUUUUUCCCGGUACAUCGUCCACAUUGAGCUCCGAUUCUUCGCAGGACGACGAGCAGCGCAGGCAGAAAACACAAGAUUCUGACGAGGAUAACGACGGGGACGCAACGAUCAGGCCGCCCAGUGGGCAUCGAUUGCAUGCGGCCAUCGCUGGUAAGCGACGCGCAGCAGCCACUGGCGGUGCGCCGAGUCUCUUGAUGAGCGUCGAUGCAGACAGCUCGGCGCCGCCUUCUGCAACGAGCAGCCGCCAAACAUCCCCUGCGCUCCCAGAAGAGACGCUUGAACAAGAGUCUGUGCAUGAAGAGGAUGCCGAAGAAGCAGACUAUGAGCAGGAGCUUACGAGCGCCGAGUCCGGGGAUACCGCAAAAGACUUUGGCAUAGAAGAGUCAAAGGACGAGACGGCCAGUCUAAAUGGCGAAGGCGGGGCCGACGGCGCCGAAGGCGCCGAGCAAGACGACGUGGAAGCGAACCAACGCCGCAAAGAAGCACUCGAAAUGCUCACUCGCACAGAGAUUGGGUUCGCCAUGCUGCGCGACCGCCUCUGCACAGAGCGCAAGGAAGAGCUUGAAGCAGAGACAGAAAUGAUUCAUAAUGGCACGCACCCGGAGCUUUUGCUCCUGCACAGCAUCAUUGAUACGCGCAAGGAACGACGCCUCGCAGUUCUCCAGACAUGGCUCGAGAAGGAGGAGGAGAGCUACAAUGUCUGGUCCAAGACCGAAGACAAAUUGGCUUGGACAAAUUGGCGCGACACCGCAGCUACCCAGCGGCGCACAUUGCUCGAAGAGACGAACCGCAAGCGCCGCAAACUCGAACGCGAAAAGCGCAUGCUCGACACACCGCUGCCUGUAAGACGCCACCAGCCGUUUGAAUCGGAACUCAUCCGCAAACCCCCGUCCUAUUCGCGGAGCACCGCGCUUUAUCCCGAAAAGUACGCACCUGUCCCACCGAAUGUAUACAUGGACGAUAUCAAUAGCUACGUGGCCUACCCUGACUUGCGCGGGCUCGAAGAGUACGACGCUUGGAUGGAUAUGGAGCAAAUGGGGAUCCGUCCCAUGCCCCCCAUGUAUCCAGACUACUACCGCCAAGAGGAUCCUGGCAUGGGAGAUCCAUACCUCUCCACGGCGAAUGGUCCGCUGAUGCCUGGCUAUGGCCCGAACGUCCCGCCUCAUGGAAUGUUUGUCGAAGGGCCAUACGAACCCGUCUACUUGGACGAGUAUGGUCGUCCGCCGUCCGGCAUACCCGAAGUUGACGCACCACGAUACCAGGAGCGGCUGCCUCCGGGCGCACAUUUCCGGCCGGAGCCCUUUGAGAUACCUGGGCCCCCCUACAUGGGACCGUAG